CUAUACUAAAUAAAAAUUAACAGUUGAUUUUUAUGAUUAUUUAAGAGAAAAUGAUGUAAAAAAAGUAAGCUACCAUACAUUUUGGAUAAUUUAUGGGAAACUAUUAUCAAUAAGAAAUACCAAUGGUGAGGAGACCAUUUUGCCAAUCACUAAAUUAAAAUCGGUCAACUUUUCUGUCAACGUGGGAGACGUGGGAGUCAUGCUUCAAGUUAUUCUCAACCACCUUGUUUUUUGCAAUUAUAUUGGCUUUUGCAGGUACUGGAGUGUGGAAUAACCUGUGUAACCUCAGACAAUGGGUAAAGAUAGUGUUUUCCACUGUUGUGGAGAAUGCAGUGGACUCUUUGGUUCAAAAAGGGUCCUGUUGGACCACAAGCUCUCAUGUACAGGAAAGCCGCUCCACUCUGGCUGUGUAAUGGUUGCCGUGGAGCGAAUUGAUUACAAGAAAUAUAAACAUUAUGUGGAGGUGUAUGGGAAUAUAGACCCAGCCCAGAUUCCACCAGAACCAAUUUCAGUGGACCCUGAACAGUUCACAGUUUCCAGUAUAAAACUAGAUGAAGACAUUAAAGUAGUACUAAUUGAUCCUUUCAAAGGGAAUUUAAAAAAUACAACAGCUAAAAGGGCACCUUUUCCAUCACAAAAUAUGUCUGAUACACAAAGGGAGACCAUGUCUGCCAUAGAAAGCAUUGUUUCGGAUGAAGCAAAUGCUUCAUUUGACAUCUUUUCCAGUGCACAAUCAGUUGUGCAAACUAACGUUGAUGACAGUACAAGUGGGCAAAGAACACAGCAAGCUAGUCUUAGUCCUAAGAACAUUGGUGAUGGUAUUAUAGGUGAGGAUGACACUCUUACUAAUGUCAAUGAUGGUCAGUGUUUUAUAGAAAAUGAUGAAGAUGACGAUGAUGAUGUUGGCAAGGGUGAUGGUAAUAAGAAAACACAUUCAGAGAUUCUUGACAGGGGACAGGUUGAAUCAGGGAAUGAAAAAAAUGUUACAUCUGAGAUGAAUGCUAAAACAUCUGACAAUGGUCAAAACGUUGAAGACAAGACACCUGAUUCUGUAUUUAGGUCUAAGCGGCAGAGAGCAAGGCAAAAGGGGAGUAAAAAGAAGAAAACAAAAACUAGAGAAGAAAAGGAUGAGCAAGCAGGAAAUAAUGAUAAAGAAAUUGAUCCAGAAAACCAGUCUUGGGGAGCAAAGGAACUUGCAAAGUACAUUGCCAAAGCCAAGGAAAUGGACAAAUUGAGUGACAUUGAAUUAAUGGAAAAAUAUGGCAGCAAAAGUGAAGGCAACAAAGACCUUCCACAGUGUGACCAUCUGAAGUGUGACCUAUGUGAUUAUACAUCUGCCAAAAAGGGACAUUUUUUGCGUCAUCUAAGAAGCCACCUUACUUUCAGCUGUGAUUUGUGUGAAUAUCAAACAUGUAAACUGAGAGAAGUCAAACUUCACAUAGCCAGGCAUGAAAAGCCGCACAUGUGUGAAUUCUGUCCUUAUAAAGCAGGGAACCUGAGAGACUUGGAAAGACACAGGUGGAUACACACAGACGAGACUCCAUACCAUUGUGAGCAGUGUGGGUAUAAGUGCAGACAGUUAAGAAUGCUGAGGGAGCACAAUAGAAAGCACACAGGGGAAUAUUUAAUCUGUGAUUUUGAAGGAUGUACAUUCUCCACACCAUACAGUGCCGCCAUGCUGAGUCACAAACAACGCCACACAGAUGACAAACAGUUUGCUUGUACUGAGUGUCUGUACAGGACAAGUGACCGGUCUUCUUUUCAAAAACAUAUAAAAAUACACCAGAAUAAAAAGGACUACAAAUGCACACAAUGCUCUUACAGGGCUGUGACAAAGAGCAGCGUGUCGAAGCAUUAUCAGGCUGUUCAUGAAAAAAUGAAGUUGUACCAGUGUGAUCAAUGUAACUAUGGAUCCACAACUUCAAGUGCACUACGCAUGCAUCUGAUGUCCCAUAUGAAUAUGAAACCAUUUAUGUGUUCUUUGUGUUCAUAUCGAAGCAUCUCUAAAGGGAAGAUUCAACGACAUUUAACAACAACACAUAAAGACCAAGUUGGCAUUGUCAUCUUUGAUUCCACGAUAAAAUUAGAUGAAGGGAUGGGGAAAUACAGAAUUCCAGGAACUGAAAGAAGGAGAGUUGAGGUGGAGCGAGAUUUUUCUGAGGUAGCACCAGAACUGUGUAAAAAAGUAGAUCAGGGUUCUGCUCAGCAAUCUCCAGUGAUCCAGGUUCAAAACGGUGAGAAUGUCAUUGAAUAUGUGUGUGGAAACUGUCAAACAUCAUUUGAUUCUGUCGAGUCAUUCACUGAGCACGUGUGCCCAGGACUUGCUGGGCAGAUUGAGGGUUUGAUGCCUGUGCCAGAUGCAGACGAAGCAGUCUUGGUCGGCACCAUUCUUUCUCUUGGGGAUGUAAAAUAUUUACCUCAAAAGUAAAUCAUGGUAAUGCAUGAGAAGUCUUAAAAACUUUCUAAAUGUCCUGUGGACAUUGAGGCCAAUAAUAUAUACGUACAAUAAUGUACAAAUUAAACUUUUUGUGGCCUUUCACAUGUCUUCUGUGGAAAAACUUGAAAAAUUUAUUUCCCUUUGAAGCACUAGGGAUGUAAGUAAGUCCAUCAGGGUGACAAGUUUCCAGAAAUUAAUUCGACUAAAACAAGUUUUCAGUUAUUAUGUUACGCCACAGACAUAUAUUGAGCACAUUUUCAGAUGUCAGAAAAUAUUUUUGUGUCCUUCUCUUUUUUCAAGUGAAUUUUCAAGUUGCUGUCACCAUCCACUGACGUUUGUUUGAGAAGGUACACAUUUGCUGUUUGUUAGUUUUUUCUCUGGUUAUGCAUUACAUAUAAAUCAUUAGUUUUAAACCGUUAUGGUUUGAAACUUGAAGAUCUUUGAUUAUUAUUUCUUCACAUUUUAUACUAUAGGAAAAGGCAGUUCGAGUAUUAAUUUAAUGUAGUGUGUAUUUGCUUCUUGAAAGGAAAGGGUGGCAUUUGUUUACAUCCAUGUAUCAUUACCAUGUUUGUGCUGUUUGUCAAAUAAUAAAAGGAUUCACAACAAAUGAAGGUCAUUUUGAUCUUUGAUUCUUUCCAGCUGCAUUUAUUUAGUGAAGGUGACAAUGUUGAAGAGUUGUGAUUGUGUGAUAAUUUUGAUCAAAAAUGAGAGAAAAUAAUA